AUGGCUAGAAGAAAUCACCUGGAUGACUUCGCACGUGGAAGAAGGAUCGGAAAGCUGGAGGAGGAGCAUAGUGUCAGCAGUGUAGCUCAAGAAUUCGGAAUCAACAAAAGUGUCAUUUUGCGCACUUGGAAAGCCUUACAAACAAUAGGUACAGUUUUUAGAAAGGUUGGUGGUAGCCACCGCAGGAAAGCAACUGCUGUGGAUGCCCGAUACAUCGUCCUGAAGGCAAAAAGAGCCCGAAACCAGUCAGCAAGUGCCAUAGUUCAACAAAAAAAGAAGUUGUAUCCAUUUAUACAGAUUAACAGUGCUGAAGAAUGUGAUAAAAACAAGUUGGAUUGCUUAGUUGAAAUUUCUGACAAUUCAGUACAAAGUACUGAUUUUCAAGCAAAUUUAAUUGAUGAAAAAGUUUGCAUUUGUAAAGAAGAUGAAGUAUCAUUAAAUGAUGCAAAAAAUAAAGUUAGUUUUCACUCAGAAGACAUUAUUUCAGACAAAGCAAGUGCAAUUAAAAGUGUGUAUCCUAGUCUGAAAGACACUGAAUACAGUGAGAAAGUAAAUAUAGUGAAGAGUAUGUAUCCAGACCUGAAGAAUAUUGAACAUUGUGGGAGAAUACAUAGUAUAAUAAGUACUCAAAUACUUGUGAAAACAUAUACUGAAGAAUUUCAAAAUAAAAUGGUAUCUGAAGCCAAUAAAGAAUAUAAUGAAUUUCAAGAGGACGUCAAAGGAAUAGAAAAUUACCAAAUGUAUGAUUUAAUUCGCGUGUAUCAGUCUGACAGAAAAUCUUCAAGUGACAUUCGACGCCGUGUAAAAUAUUUAAAUUCUCGAAUAAAAAGGCUUAAAGAUGACUUGUGGACAUCUGUCAAAAAGGAAGUCUCUGCUAAGGGAAAAUGUGAAGAUGGGUAUUCAGUGAUAAUUUCUCACUCAUAUAUCAUUAAAGAAUUGGACAACAGAAAAUUCGAGGAACUAUCUUCUAUGCUUCAAGAAGUUGAAGAACAAAUUAUUUCAGAUGCAUUUUAUUCUUAUUCUGAUCUACUAAUGAAGUUAAGAAUUCAACAGUAUCUUUAUAAAUUGAUCUAUGGAACACAGACAUCUGAUUAUAUGAAAAUAUCACAAGGAAACGGUGUUGGACCAUACACUCAUUGCCAGAAUUUAUUGUUGAAGAAGUGCAUAAGCAUUUUGUUUAAUUACCAGCGUCAGUCUAUUAAAGAUAGAGAAUUCCUUGAAAUUAUCCAGCAGUGGUUAAAAAUACUGGUGUCAGAAUUGCUUAAAGGAGCUAAAUUAUGUGACUAUUUGUUUGUUGUAAAUCAUGUAAUUCGUUGUCCUAAUGGUAUAAGAAAAUGGGCUUCACAGUUCAUACAGAUUCCAUGUAUGAAGAGCUGUUCGAAUGGAAUUAGUGGUAGUGCCAAAUGCCAGUGUUUGAAUUUUACAUUAUUAGUAUUAUAUUUGAUCAUAAAUCCUGCACCUGAUCGAAGUUUCUUCUUAAGGAAUGUGAAAUUAAAGAAUAUUGAAGACAGUGCAGAUGGCGAUUUUACUGUUUUAGAUUCUGAGGGUGAAGAGGAGGAUAUGUUUGAAGUUACAAGGGAUUGGUCUGAUGAAGAUGUUACAUCUUUACUCAAUCAGAUUCCUUUAGCUAGGCUAUAUGAACAUAUACUGCUCUCUUCUGAUGAUAAGAGUCUCGCCGUUAAAGUGCCCUCUGAGGAGAUGAUGUUGAAAUUAUUUGCCUUCUCCACUGCCCUAGUAAAUGUCCUUUUUGGAGGAUUAGAAAAUUUCUUCAGUGAAAAUUUUGAGACUUCCAUUAAACAUGUCUGCAACAUGAUAAGGCACAUUGUAUUUUAUGUAUCUGAUUACUGGUCUGAAGGCAAUUUAGUUAAACCAGAGUUACAAGCAGAAUAUGACCGUUUUAUUUUUCAUGUCAUAUUUAAUUUAUUCAAAUUUCAAAAAUUAGGAGUAUGGCAAUUUAUGUCUGUAUUACCAUUUAAAUGUGUGUCGGAGAAAAUGCUAUGGAAUAUAUUAUGGAUUUUUCAUUCUUUGGAGCAAAGGGAAGAAGAAAUUUAUCUAGCUAAAGAUGUGGAUACAAAACUUCAAGAUGACUCCGCUCAGCAUGUAUUAUUCAAAAAAUUGAAAAGUGUGUCACAACAGGAUCAGAUAUACUUCUUGAAUUUGUGUAAAGCAGUUGCUUUUUCAAAUAGUGGAGAUGAGAACUUCCUACAAUUUAUUAUUCAUGAAAUAUAUCAGGUUUCUUUUGUUGAAGAAACCCUGCAAAAUUGUUUGUCUAAAGAAGGUAAAGUUAUUUUAUUAUCUUUAGUUAAAAAAUAUUCAUAUCUGUUUUCUACACUUUUGCUAGAGCUGGAUAAAAUUGAUGGUGAUAAUGUAGGAAAUCUUACAAUAGACUUGGUUAGAGGAAUCUCUCUUGUGAAUUGGAGGCCUGAGAGUAAAGAUAUUAGUAUAUUGUCUUCGUGGUUACUUUCUGAUGAUUUCUCAGACAGAAAGAGUUAUAUUGCUCGUAUAACCCUUACAAAGAUGAACUGGGGUUUUAAUUCAGAAGGGGAACUCGUAUUGCCUCUUGAAUUGCAUCAAGAAAUUGCAGUUUUAGUUCUCAAAGCUUACUUGAAAUUUGACAGCAGCGGAAAUGAGUGGUCUGUUUCUAAUGGGCUAACACAGAUGCUGCAGUUUGCAUCUAUUAAUUAUUACAGAGAAGAGCAAGGUUUUGUGCCUUGGGCAUGGGACUGCUUAUUUUCAUUGAAACUUCAUAUCAUGGAUACAAAAUGUCCACCAUGGGUACAGAUAUAUGAUGGUGAAGUUCCAGAUAUUUCUGAUGAUCAUAUUCUUCAGACCUUACAGACUGCGUAUGAACAGAAACAUCCUGCUGCUUGCUAUCUUAUUAUUGUUAUGACAAGUAAAGGACAUAGAGUACAGAGCUUGGUAACUGAGGGCCUACAGUGUUUUUCGACUUUAAUGGAGCAUCAACAGUAUGCAGGAGCAAUUCAUUGCCUCUAUUACAUUUUCCCAUUUUUUGUGAAAAGAUCUGAGGAAUUAUUAUCAAACCAACAGUUUUUAAAAGAUGUUAAUAAUCUUAUAGUAGCAGAUAUGGGAGGGACUUUGUCCAAUAUCACUGGGAGUGGUGCAGUCAUUGGAGCUGUCAUACAGGCUUUUUCAUCAAUGAUCAAACAUCAGCUUUAUCAAGCUUCAGAGCUAAUUGUUGAAUGUGCUGGACCUUUGAUUAAGCUGUGGAUUAAACUGCUAUUGAAGGUGUUAAACAUUCAAAUGACAGGAAAUGUUAGUUACAGAUUUCGAGACUCUGCAAACCAAGUUCACUUCCUGUUGGAUAUUGUUGCUAGAAUUUCUUUAUUGAAUUCACAUACAAGGAAUACCGUUUUUGAUCUCUUGCAGUCAUUAUGCAAUCCUCUGCUUACCUCUAAUGUAAGUCCUCAACCAUCAAUUUGGAACAAGCUGUUUGGUUCAAGUAAUGUUGAAUGUUCAUUAUUAAAUAAAUUGACUUUACCUGAAUAUCCAUGGUUAGCUUGGUAUGUUAUAUUAGCAGAAAGUAAGCAAAAACAAUCUGAAGAAUUAUGGAACUUAAUUCAAGAAGAAAUGGUUAAAGAACCUGAUAUGUCUCCAACAACAGCACUAAAGAAAUCAUGUGCUUAUCUGAAAAUAUCUCCGCCACCUUUAGAAAGUUUACCAAUAUAUCGAUGGGGGAAGCAAGCAUUAGAAAUGCCAGUGUCGCAUCCUGCAGCUCCAUUAAUAUGGCAACAGUUUUUCAUGUACUUUUUUGAAAAAGUGCAAAGUUCUGAAUUUCUUUGCUGCUGACUUAGAGGGACCUGUACCUUCUUGACCUCGAAAUUGAUUGAGAUCUUGACAUAAAUCUGUGACAAACUCAAGGUUGUUGUGUUGCUAAUUUUUAAUAAAAUAUGCUUUACAACUUC